CAAACGGCACCGUCACACUGGCCCAGAAGCAUCAUUCAGUGCAGAUUUUUACCUCUACUAGGCUACACCUACAGCCACACAACGACACAACCAACCUCACCAGAAUACUCGAAAGAAACCCAUAUACGCGUUUUCAUCUCUCUCUCUCUCUCCAGCAAUUUGCGGUAUGUCAACGUUUCUGUAUCUUUUGACCAGAAAGGAUAUCAAGAAAUUGAAAGGUUAGUUGUUUAAGUGGAAAAUAGGGAGCCUUUUUGUAUUGUUGAACGUUGAUAGAUAGAGUGAAGAUGAGGAUUGUGAGGACUAUUGAUUCUUCUGAGUGUGCUGGUCUCUGUGGAUUCUUGGUUGUGGAAGCUUAUCCCAAAAGGUAUUCUUCCAAGAUCCCCUCAGAUUUGGUCCUUUUCUUGGGCCUUGGUUUCAUAGACUGGUAAUAAUCAUAUAUAGAUACAGAAAGAUUGAGUUUAUUGCGGAUAAGAUUUUCGUUUGAGACUGUGGAUUUGAUGGAUCUGAUUCACUCUCUACCACCAGUGUUUGGAGGGUUCAUGGAGAUUCUUGGCUUGGUUAGAUGUGGUCUUCAUCUAGCUUUUUAUUAAUUUUCUUAAUACAUUUCAGGUGUUGAAGUUUUUGCUUAUUUUGGUAUACCCCUUUCUGUCUAUUUAAUGUUCUUGAUUUUCCUGAUAAUAUUGUUGUCGUUUUCAAUUUUAAUAUAGUUGGGUUAAGAAUUCAAUUUCGCUUUGAUUUAGGGUUUAUAAAAUUUAGUGUGAGGGGUGUAAGUUCUUGAACUUGAAACACAAUUUUGGGAUGAAUAAAUUAAGAUUCUGAUGAAGAUGGGGAUUUGUAUAUGGGAUUGACAUGAUGGAGGUGUUUAUAAAGAGUGGUAUAUUGUCAAAAUGUUUAUUGGGAUGAAGUUUAUAGAUAUACAUUUCGAAAAUUGAUCCAAGCCAAGGAUAAUUUUGAGAUGGAAGAUACUCUGCUGACAGCUUUAUCAAUGGAGAAUCAUCACCCUUCAACCCUCUUAUCCAUGGACUCGAGUGCCUCGUCAUCACAUGAAGAACUAGACCUCGAAAUGAAUCGCCAAGUUGUAUUAACCUGUCCUCCUGAUAUCAAUUUACCCCUUUCAGCCGAGCGAAGCCCCCCUCCACAGCCUUGGAACCAUGAACACUGUGAUAUUCUUGAUGUUGGACUAGGUUCCCAGAUGUACGAGACUGAAAGUUUUCUCAGUGUCCCCAAAGUUGGGAGGAAAUGUGCAAAAAGGAUUGAUAGCAUCUGGGGCGCUUGGUUCUUUUUUAGCUUUUAUUUUAAGCCCGUAUUGAAUGAGAAAUCGAAGGCUAAGAUAGUUCGUGACAGUAAUGGGAUUUCCGGGUUCGAUAAAUCUGAUCUCAGGCUAGAUGUUUUCUUGGUUCAGCAUGAUAUGGAAAAUAUGUAUAUGUGGGUUUUCAAGGAAAGGCCUGAGAAUGCUCUGGGAAAGAUGCAACUCCGGAGUUAUAUGAAUGGGCAUUCUCGUCAGGGAGAGCGUCCCUUUCCGUAUAGUGUUGAUAAAGGUUUUGUUCGAUCUCAUAGGAUGCAACGUAAGCAUUACAGGGGACUCUCAAACCCUCAGUGUGUUCACGGCAUCGAAGUGGUUCCAUCUCCCAAUCUCAGUGGUCUCGAUGAAGAUGACCUAAAAAGAUGGACCGAACUCACAGGGAGGGACCUGAACUUCACUAUUUUACCUGAAGCUAGUGAUUUCAGUUCAUGGAGAAAUAUGCUGAACACCGAGAUUGAACUUGAGAGGCCACCACCUCCUACAAAGAGCAGUCCACAUUCCCACUCGAAGAAAUUGCUUAAUGGAUCUGUGUUAAAUCUGUCAACUCAGACAUCCAACCAUAUCAAUGGGGAAGCGAUGGAUCUAUCACCCGUUAGCAACAAGAGGAAGAAGGAUUUCUUCUCACAGGGUAAUGAUGAUGAUCGAUAUUUGGAAAUAACUGCUCCUUCCAAACGUAUCCCCGAUUUGGAUAUUCACCCAAAUGAGCCACACUGGCUGAAUGAAUUUAGUGGAGUGCUGAGAAACGUAUAUGGACCUGUUACGGCUGCCAAAACAAUCUACGAGGAUGAAGAAGGUUAUUUGAUUGUAAUCAGCUUGCCUUCCGUAGAUCUUGAGAGGGUGAAAGUUUCAUGGAAGAACACACUCACACAUGGAAUCAUCAAGGUCUCCUGCAUGAGUACAUCUCGCACACAAUUCAUCAAGAGACACAACAGAACUUUCAAGCUAACGGAUCCAUCAUCAGAACACUGCCCUCCGGGAGAAUUUGUCAGAGAAAUCCCACUUUCGACCCGAAUUCCUGAAGAUGCUAAUAUAGAAGCUUAUUAUGACGGGCCAGGAACAGUGCUCGAAAUACUGGUGCCAAAACUUCGUGCUGGACCAGAAGAACAUGAAGUUCGUGUUUGCCUUCGUCCUCACCAUGUGGGUAAUGAUCUUAAGUUGACAUAAAUAUGUACCUGAUGAAAUGCAAUUGUCAUGAAUGGCUUACAUUUGUUACCAGUAGAACCGAUUGUGCAGUUUAAACUCCUUGUAUCUGUUUCCAUAAUAGCUAUGGGUUUGUUCCUAUGUAUCUGACCAGCUUUGUUGCUAUUAUAUUAUCAGUUAAUUUAUUCUUA